AAUGGAAGAAAAAUAGAGCUCUCAUGACAGUUUCUCUGAAUUAUUGUGAAAAAAAAAAUCAAAAAGCUUUAAUAUUAAGAGAAACGAUUCUCUUAAGAGAGAUUUUGGAGCUGAAGAGAGACGCCUACGUGUCGUUGUCUUUUUCAGUAUUUCUUUUCUUUCGUUUUUGUCCCGACUAUCUCUCUCUUUCUUUAGGCGAGAUGGCGAUGGAGAAACUGAGACUUUGAGGAUCAUCGGACUUACCUGAAACGGAGAUGGCCGACGUUGAUUCCGGUAGGCUUAUCGGCUCUGAGAUUCAUGGAUUCCAUAUUUUGCAAGAAUUCAGGGACAUUCUAGGUUGAUUAAGGGAUCUUGGAUUUGAGCUAUCCAUCUAACGUGAAGAAUCUAUUGGAAACUGGUAUACUUGAAGGAGCUCCAGUGAAGUAUAUUUCGACACCACAUGUGAGAGAGCUUCAGGGGAUAAUCCAUUCGGGUGGGUAUUUGUGUGGCUGUAUCAGUGAAAGUAAGUCAACUAGAGAAGCCAUUGACAUUCAUCAUGUGAUUAUCAACGGAGGCAGAGCAACUGGUUAUGCCCGUCGUAGGGGGAUUGGUUUCUUCCUUGUGCUUCUGGCGAGUUCUAUGUACUUUUUUCUUGGAAAGGACAAUCCAGCUAGAACUCUUUCUUGGGGCUGCCUUUAUGUUUGGUCAAGAUGUCUACUGCAUUUCUAUUCUCUCCUAUCUCAUUCCUCUUUAUUUACUUGCUUUCACAUGUUUGAUUGCAUGGAGUCUUCAUUAAUGGGGAAUCGAGUUGAUAAUAAGAAGUUUACUUGGGUGAUUAAGAAUUUUUCCACUUUGCAAUCUGAGAAAAUCUAUUCAGACAAAUUUGUGAUCAGCGGCUGCAAAUGGCGUCUUUUAGCCUUUCCCAAGGGAGAUAAAGUCAAAUGUUUAUCUCUGUAUCUUGAAGUUGCUGAUUUUAAAUCCUUGCCUUCUGGAUGGCGAAGAAACGUAGAAUUUACGAUAACUCUAGUAAAACAAUUUUGUGAGAAAUUCUCACUAGCGAAAGUAACACAACAUUGGUUAGACCACAAGGUACCAGACUGGGGUUUUAAAUCCAUGAUUCCCCUUACCACACUUCAUGACAAGGAUGGUGGGUUUCUUGUGAACGAUGAACUCAAGAUUGUUGCUGAGGUCGAUGUUCUUGAAGUUAUUGGCAAACUAGAUGUACCCGGGGAAUCUGAAGAGGAAACCCAACCUGUGAAAAAGAUAAAGCAGAAUGAUGAUGGUGCGGUGUCUAGUGAUCUGCUUAAGGAGAUUCCAGGAGAUUUGGUGGAUGUCAAUGGGUUUCAAGUUCUUCCUUCACAGGUGGGUUUUGCGAGGCGUAUCUUUGAAAAACACCCAGAGACUGCAUCAGAAUGCCGUACAAAGAACCAAGAUCUGAGAACAUCAUACAUGAAUGUCCUCAUAAGCGUAAUCAAGAUGCUCUUCAAAGGACCUGAGGAACACUCCAAGGAUGAUCUGUCUGAUGCAGAAGCUGCUCUGGCAUACAUGACACAUGUAGGGUUUAAGUUGGAUUGGUUGGAGAAACAACAUGAAGAAGUAAAAGAAAGAAUGAAGAAAUGUGCCCGGGUGUGUGAAAUAGAGAAACAGCUGCAUGACUUGGAGCACAAGUGCAAAGACCUAAAAGCUCAGCUGAAUAAAGAGAAGGCGGAGAUUUUGGAGGCAACAGCUCCUGAUCUUUUUUUCAUUGAUGUUGUUUGAUGACUUAUGGUCCUAGGGACGUGGUUUGGUUCUGUUUUUUGUUGCUCUGGUCUCUGUUCGUUUAAGAAGAGUCCUCUGCUUUGACUUAGGAUUAUAUGCCAGUCAAGGUUUAAUUUCCACAUUUUUGUAACUACACUUAAGAAAGGAUUUCGUGGUUGAUGACAG